AUGCUCAGUGCCAAAUGUCUAUCGCGCGCAACACUACGAACGCCUCGUGCCCCGCAGCUAUGUAGAAAUGUAGCCACCAGAGCCCCGCGAUCCCAGGUGCGCACGGCGGCACAUCCAUAUGCCCAGCGUCGACAGCAGCAUUUCGUCCGAUCCGUGGCCACUGUUGGCGCACUGUGGGCCACCGCCACCGCAUACACUUGGUGCAGUGGAGAGUCGAUCUUACGAGAUGCGCACGCUGAGGAGCUGGAAAAGCCAGAGGAACCGGAGCUGAAGUUUGAAGCACCUCGGCGGCAAGCAACAUCGAGCGACGACAAUAGGAAUAUUAUCAGUUCGCAGCAUCUCCAAGUGGUGAAGAGCUGGGAGAAUCCCGGCGUGUAUACAUGGGGGUCAAACUCGGGCAAGGUCGUUGCGCCAGAUUCCGAUGAGAAGUUCAUAAAGACACCAAGGCGAUUUAGCUUCUUUGACGGAAAGCUGCUGCGCGACAUCAAGCUCGACAGAAAUUUCGGUGCGGCCAUAGAUGAGAAGGGCGAUCUUUUGCAAUGGGGCACAGCGUUCGCGGAGAACAUUACCGAGCCAACAAAGACCCUGACAGGUCGGAAUCUCACAUCGCUAGCUAUAUCGCGCGAUCGCAUUAUCGGACUGUCGUCCAGUGGCGCCGUGUACUCGAUACCCGUAUCGCAGGCGGAGCAGAAGGAUGGCCCGAAACCACCAUCUUCAUCCUGGAUUCCGUUCUGGGGUGGCUCUAACAACAUAUCCUACCGCACCCGCACGCCUGAGAAACUUGGCUGGAGCGAGACUGUUACCGACAUCUCUUCCGGCCUUGAACAUGCGCUCAUGCUUACUUCCACUGGCCGUGUCUUCUCCUUCGCUUCAGGCUCACAAGACUUCCCCUCCAAGGGGCAGAUGGGCAUACCUGGACUGACAUGGGAGAGUCGGCCUGCUGGUGCCUUUGAUGUGCCGCAUGAGAUUACCACACUCAAAGGCUUCCCGGUCAAGAAGAUUGCAACCGGCGACUACCACAGUCUAGUCUGCGAUUCCGAAGGGCGAGCCUUCACUUUUGGUGACAACACCUGCGGCCAACUUGGGUUUCCCUACAAUGCUGAAGCGCAGUUUGUUGACGCACCAUCGCUACUACCGACACAGAAGCUGUACUCUGGUCAGCAGGGAAAGGUGACCAACGUCUUCGCAGGCGGCAAUACAUCCUUCCUGGCCGUCGAAGCAACCAAGGGCAACAAGACAACAGCAGACACAUGGGCUUUUGGCUUCGGUCUAACUGGUCAAUUGGGCGUCGGUCGUUGGGUACACACACAAGCAGACCCCGUCAAAGUCCCCGCCUUCUCCGGCCUCUUCGAAUGGGACGAGAUGAAAAACACGGCCAUCCCCAUCCGCCUCUCCACCAUCUCAGUCGGCGCCACCCACGCCGCCGCCAUCCUCGACAACGUGGCCAGCGUCGUGGUAAACGGCAAAUCAAGAAAACUCACAGACAACGACACAAACUGGGGCCGCGACAUUCUCUUCUGGGGCAACAACGAAUUCUACCAAAUCGGCAGCGGAAAGCGAAAUAACAUUGCUACCCCCGCAUACAUCCAGCCCCUCGAUCAAGCCGCAGAACAGGAAAGAGCUGCAUCUGCCAUAGCGGCCGCAGCGGCGGGCUCCUUGUCGUACGGCAAACAAUUGCGCGAAAAAGAAAUGCAUCGGUUCCAAAUCACACCCAGGAACAAGGUCAAGGUCAACGGGCGGACGGUGGAGUUUGAGCAAAAAGUCGAGUGUGGCAGGGGUUGUACUGCCGUGUAUUCUGCUGUUUGA